AUGACAAUCAAUCUUCACCUUCCCAUCUACGAAGUACACGCUUCUGGACCCUCUUCUUCGUCCAGUGGUAGUAUUGGAAAGCGGAAGCGUUGCCAACCCCAUCGAGUCCUACGCAACAGGGUGAAGAUUGAACCGACGUCGGAUGGUUUCCGGUUUAUGUUGCGUAACUUGACGUUACAAGAUGCGGGGAAAUAUAAACUCGCGACAUCUUCAUUGACUACAUUGGAAUGUAUAAAUCAGUCAUACGACAUUUCUGUCUCAGGCGAGUCAUUCACCACGUGGAGUAGCUGGUCGGACUGUUCAGUGGAGUGUAGCCCGAAGAUUCGGCGCACUAGAACACGAAAAUGCACCGUUGUCGGUGGGUGUGUCGCCCUUGGUAACACACAGGAGACUCAGUCGUGUGCUAAGGGGGACAACUGUGGGCACUGGAGCGCGUGGGGUCAGUGGGGCCAGUGCAGCGCCAAGUGUGGCAAGGGAUUCCAGGUCCGCAAGAGGGCGUGUGUGAGCGAGAGUGCCGUGCUUGUGAAGAGCUCGCUGUGUCCCGGUCACCCUACCCACUCUCAGAUGUGUCUUACAGUAUGCGAAGUCGUUGGCACGUGGUCCACAUGGGGUGAAUGGAGCGCGUGCUCAACUUCAUGUGGGGUCGGCACGAGGUUGAGGACACGUUACUGCUCCUCUGAGACGAUGUCACGUGACGUGACAUUGAACUGCACGCGGGGCAACACGACAGAGAAAGAGUCGUGCGUUAGCACGUGCAAAGCCAAUGUCGGCAGGAAGAACUUUACAAACCGCAAUACCAGCGCCCUACCAUUUGGGAUGACGUCAGAAGUGAUGACGUCUGAACAAACAAGCCCAGCACUAGUCACCGAAAUCGUCCAGAACGUGACGACCAUUAUGCCUGACGACGCUGGUUGGAGGGACGACAAGCUCACGGUGGCCAUGACGGCAGCCGGAGUCGCGUGCGGUGUCACGGUGUUGGCGGUGGUCGUUGUCGUCGGUGUUCUCAAGUGCUGCCGGAAGGGGGAGCUGCGUCGACCGAGUCUGCCGACGAUCAGACCCGCAAACGAAGCGACCAAACGACGACAAAACACAAAGAAUAAAUCCCCGGUAACCGGUGACACCAUUGACGGUAACGUGUACUCGGAGUUCAAUUCUGGGUGGCCUUCCAACGAGUUUGACUCAACGUACGCUUUGGAUAAUGGGGAAUUCGACAAAAAAGACGCCGAUGAAACGAGAAACCCAGCCAAUGAGAACGUUGAAGCUGGUGAUAAUCUUAGGAACGAAGAAAACGCCAUCGUCGACGCAAAACGUAUCAGAGCGUUAGGGUCGGCAAAUCCAGCGAUUUUUGUUAGGGUUAAAGCCCCUGAUGAAAGUGAAGCAAUUGGAAGAACGAGAUACAAUAUUGAAAUAUUUGGUUCAAACGAGUCGUCUGCGCCCGCCGUCUGUGAGCGCUCAGAAACGACGUAUGCAACAUCUCGCGUGUCGUUCCAGAAGUACUCCGAAGACAGCAGUAUUGGGGAUAAGUCACGAAACAAUUCUUUAGAAGCCGACAACCUCGAUCCAGGCGGACAGGAAAGUAUGGCGAAGCUAGAAGAAACCGAUGAUGACGAGGAAGUGGUCGAGAAUGUGUUUUACGAGCCACCCGAACUCUGGAGCGUUCACGAUGUCAAGCAUGCCGAUAAAAUGGCCUCGCUGAGACGGGAAAGCGAGACCAUGUUCCGUGAGGAAUUACAGGAUUCUGCGAGAUCAUACAAGUUCAGUGGAAGCACCGGCUUGUAUUAUGAACCACCGGAGGAAGACCAAGAUACGUCUGCAAAUGACAGAGGAAAUGGCGUAGCAGACGAAGAACAUAUAUACGAAGACGAUGAAUCAUUAUACCGUAACUGCGAGACCGCGAAUUCUGGAGGUUGGUUAAGUUUUGACCACGAUUCGGCGCUGGCCUGGAACAGAGGUAAACAACUUAGCACUCAAUGUAAUAUUGAUAACAAAUACGAACGAAAGGGAGGCAAAGCUAAUUUAAAUGAAUUUGUGCAUGAAUCUAACGAUCACGAAGAGGAGUCAAUAUCAAAUGUCAACAUUCAUCCUGACCCCGAAGAGCACAUAUAUGAAAACGGGAUGCUUAUGGCCAAGACGCUGUACGAAGCGCCUAAGAACAAUUUCGGGAGGAAUAACGCAGCAAAUGGAAGAGGGUCGAUCGAUAAGGAAAGAAUUUACGACGUUCCAAAUUUCAAUAAUCCUUAAAUUAAGCUCAGUAGAUACAAGAGAUAAACUUAAGGAAUCUUCUGCCAAAAGAUGACACCAAUUUAUUUAAGAUUGUUUCCAUGUAUACACAGUAAUUUGGUGUAGCAUAGGUUUGGUAAUAAGAAUGCAAUUGUGCCAUUCCUUGAAGAUUACGAUAUAUGUGUACAAAAGGUAUCAAUAAUAAUAUGAACACACCUACAUAUCGUUUAAUCAUUCGAUGGCAAAGAUUAAAUUCAUAAAUACAUAUAUUAAUUAACAGUUUGAAAUUACUUGUGCUUACAUUGUUUUUAAACUAAUUAAACUUUGUGUAUUCUUGGGUAUACUGAACAUAUGAGUCGCGUUCUGAGAAAGCUGGACAUAUUGCAUGUGCGUAAAGUGUCGUUUUUACAAGAUAGUUCUUCUUCCGGUUUGCUCAUUGAUGAUAUUAUAAUUAUUUUGUUGCUUUUUGCUGACGACAUGGCAAUAAUAUGUAAAUCGCAUGAAGAAGUGCAUUCUCAUUUGGACCGUUUACUUGAACACUGCAAUACCUGGGGUCUAAAGGUAAAGAUUAUUUAAACGAAAAUUAUGGUUGUCCGAAAACGUGGUCGUCUUUUACCAUCAGAACAUUGGACAUAUAAUGGUCAAUGAUUUAAUUAUUAAGGUACAGUUUUUAAUUAUACAGGUAAACACUCCAAGAAACGAACGGCAUUGCCUAUAAUGUAACAAAUCAGAUUUAGAAGAUGAUUUCCACUUUGCAUGUAAAUGUACUAAAUAUAUCAGAAAGAGUGUUGAUUAUAGAUCAGGUUUAUCAUGCUCGGCUUAGAAAACAAAAUGCACGAGCUUAGUUUGUAAACCUUUUUGUUUUAACAAAAUUAGUUUGACUGGAUAAUUUCGCUGGAUUUAUGACGUCAUUUCGUCGAAAUAUUGACGUCAUUUCCUGCCGUUGAUUAUAGAUGAUAUUUAAUCAACAGGGCUUUAAUCAACCGAAUUCGCUGUAAAAGUGGGAUAAAAAACAAACAUUUUACUACAAUAAACCAUCUGUAUAUAAAUUCCACCAAUUACUAAAUGGUAACAAUGGUAAUAACACAAACGAGCUAUUAUUGGCAAAUAUGUUAAAUAUGCGUUAAAAGCAAUAAAUACAUUUUUGAACACUACUUUGUAGUAUAAAUAAGGUUUUCCUCCUAAACACUGAAAUACUGUAUGAAUACUUGUUAUAUCUGA